ACCUAGGCAAAUAAAUAGUAUUUUAAAGUAGUAAUAUACAUAACUUGGGUUGUGCCUAUUGCAGAAUUGACCAAUAGCACUUCGACUCUCCAGCACGUCAUGUCGUUACGCUCGAUGACGCGUUGCGCUUGCGGAACAGGGUGUCAGCGUGACAGCGUCCUUUCUGCAGUUGUAUCAGCUAGGAUUUGAAACCAAAAUUAUAGGUUAACAGCCAUACUGUAAACCUUGCAUGCAAUAAUAACCUCUUGAAUGUAUUGGAGAUGUCUGCGACUGACUGGUACGCGCAUAAGUCGCUGGAAAAUGGCGUGUUUUGGAUCCAGGAGAGGUUUUAUGAAUCGGGGAACAGGGCGAAUAUCUGGCUCAUACGUGGGUCCCAUCAGGACGUGGUCAUAGAUACUGGACUGGGUUUACGGAGUCUGCCUGACUACAUCAAUAGUAAAGGGCUGCUAGGGGACGAUUCGAAGCGCAAGAACCCUCUGUUAGCCAUCGGCACGCAUGUGCAUUUUGAUCAUUCGGGUGGGCUGCAUCAGUUUCAACAGGUGGGCGUGCACAAGGCGGAGGUGGAUGCUCUGGCUAACGGUGACAACUUCGAGACCGUGACAUGGUUAUCUGACCGCGAGAUCGUGGAGGAUCCAGCGCCUGGGUGGAGAGCAAGACAGUACAGGGUGAAGGCGGUUACACCAACACAUAUAUUACAAGAAGGCGAUGUUAUCAACCUUGGGGACCGACAGCUUACUGUUCUCCACAUGCCGGGCCAUUCCAGAGGCAGCAUUUGUCUCCAUGACAAGGAGAACAAAAUGCUGUUCAGUGGAGACGUGGUCUAUGAUGGUUCCAUGAUUGAUUGGCUACCCUACAGCCGAAUCAGCGACUACACCCGUAGCUGCGAAAGGCUGGUUGAGAUGGUCGAUAAAGAGGAGAUUGACCAGGUCAUGCCCGGCCAUUAUAACACUUUUGGGAGCAAGCGGCUUCACCGGUUAGCCUCCAACUACAUCGCUAGUGCCGGCACCUGCCAUAGAGCCUCCACCUGUGUGGUGAAGUCCAUUGCCAGCCUGGCGCUUCGAGCCUCAAACUCAAGGAGUGCCUGCUAGGAGUUAUGAUAAAGAUUACUAUGCAACAACAUAUGUCAUUGCAGACCUCAAUAUGGAGCACACUGAAAACACUCAGCAAUACAGUGUGCUAAUGAUUAAGAGAUUGAUAGUAUUAUUUGUGUUGAUCACAGUUCAAAAUAAUGUCAAAAAUAUGCUGCAUAAUAUUCAUCAAAUCAUCAAGAAUAGUACAUUGUCAUAUUUUGAAGGUGCUUUUAGUCAUUUUCAAUGCUAAUGGUAGUUACAUGUAAGACUGCUUAUAAAAACAACUAAAUUGUCAAGCAGCUCAAUAUAUUAAGGUUGCUUUUCCCCCCUACCAGUUAAGUGCAAAUCCAUCACCACAGCCCAUUUCAUUGGUCAACUCAAUCACACAGUCACCCGUUGCGACAUGGUUACCACCUUAUUUUACAGCUCAGAGGUUGUUGAAAAUAACAUAAAGCUGUUUCCUGUGAAGGGGUAAGACUUUUGAUUCAUUAACUGCUAUAAAAUAACUAGAAGAAUAAAAAAGUACAGUAAACAGUAAAGAUAUUUGAGCUAUAAACCAGUGUGAUUAUGAUUUAAAAUGGUUAAAAUUAUAUUUGUUUUCAGUAUCAAGCAGCAACACUGACAUUUUUGUGCAUCUAAAAUUAAUGAAUGCGAAGCCUUCUGCAUUCUAUACUAUUAUAGUUUUAGUAUCACAUAGAUGCUAUAAUAUAUUACUAAAUAUAAUUUAUUAUAGUAAAUAUUUAGAUUUUUAAGUGGUAUUUUAUCAUUUUGAUUAUUAUUUUUUGAUGUACUUUAAUAAAACCUGCUUUUGACGGCUAUACCUAAUUUGUUUGGGGAAACACUAAAAAAACUGACUCUAAUAGUUUUGGACUCCACGUUCCAGGAACGAUGUUUGGAGAAGUUUAUUUGGAUGCAGCAUUAUUUUUUUUAAAAUUCCAUUUGGGUAACUACUGAUGCAGAAAUUACACGAAGCACCUUUAAUAAAAAAUAUAAUUAUAUAAACAUUUGGUAUGAGGUUUCCAUGAAGUAAAGACUUGGUAUGCUUACAGAUUUAAAAAAAAAACACCUCAGACACAUUGUAGCUGACAUACUGUAAUCUUCCAGUCACCACUUGAAGUAUUCAGAUCUGUUGCAGAUGAAUUAUCUUUGAAGAGACAGCGAUGUGUUAGUUAAAAUGGGAGACCAGAUGAAUUAUUAACAAACUGCUGACUUGUUCUCUAUGCCAGUAUCUGCAUGAGAUAUUGAUGUAGCACAGCAUGGACGCAGCAUCAUUCUAUUAUUCUAUAGGCUCAGUGUGAAUUGUGUUGUGUAUGUGAUCGAAGUGCAUUAUUUACAAACAAAAUCAUAAUCUUUCAACAGCAGUCAUAUUAGUCAGGAAAAAUGACUGAAAGAUGAUUUUUGUUUGGUUUAGUUCUGUAAAACUGCCUCCGUACUAGUAGUUGUCUUUGCCGUGUGCUUAUUUGCAAACUGCACAAUGACUUUGAUUUAUUUGUAUUGGUAAUUUUUAUAUCGAAGCACAUAAGUCAGUGUGGGUGACAGUAGGUAAUUUGUGGAAGGCCAAAUGCUGUUUUCCCUCUCAGUAAUUCACUGACUUUGUUUAAUCUGACAUAAUUGUAAGGGCGUCCUCUUUGGUGUUCAAAUGUGAUGGAAAAAAAUGUGUGUAUGAAAUGAAAUGAGAUGCUGUAUAAAAUGAGGUGUUGGUGGAGAUAUGAGAAUGACUAACAUCAAGUCACUCAUUUAUGUUGCCAAACUACAAAUAUGCUGCUUGACUUUUUUUGAUGUCAUUUUCAUGUCAUCAAUUGGAAAGUAGUAUGUUUAUGUGAAUGUGAUGGAGAGUGAUACAAUAUAAAUAUAUUAUGUAUCUACAGUUAAAGUGAGCUUUUACAGUAUAUGUGCACUAUGUUUCUGCUCAGGGAUCCCUUGAAUCCAGGCUAAAUGAGCAGAGCUAUACAUGAUGCAACACUAUAUUUAGUGCCUCUAGGAGAGUAAACAAACGAAUACCUCGCAAUGCCAUGACAACAGCUGUUGUAAUACCCAGGCACCUGUUUAACAAUAUACUCACUUUCAAUUCUG